GAAAAAUACAUAUUCAAACUACUGUUUGAUAGAGAUAUGGCUCUUAUUUUAUUCCCAACUUCUUUCUUUCGAGUGAUAAUGGUGACAAAACCACCAGGAAUCUAGCGUUUUUUUGUUUCCAAAAAGUUUAUGAGCAGAAACUGAAGAAGAAAAAGGAGGAGAAAAGAAGGAAGGGAUUGCACGUAGGUAGGGUCAGAUGGGUCAGUCUUGUCACUGAAAACCAGGGAUCAAUUUCAUGAGUAUACCUUCAAUUCAGUUACAGUACAAGUCCUCUUUUCCUCUUUUUCAACAGACUUUUGCAGUCUCACACGAGUAAAACCCAUGCUUUUGUCAUUCUCUGAUGAUUUAUAUCAGGCAACUUUUAUGACCAAUUCAAGUUCUGCAAUAGGGUAUGGUUGGUUCAUUAGGAUCUCCAUCAAAACUCAGAUCUCUCUGACCUACAAAUUCAUUUCAAAGGCACUUCUCUGGUACUGAAAAUUGAAGAGGCCUUAUAGCCCAUUAUUUCUCGUGAACAAAUUCUGUGAGUAAUGGAUGAAAAGGGGUUCCAAAAUUCGCUUUUGGUCAUAUCUGAAGAGAAAAGUGAUAGCUUGUAUUCAAUGUUUUUCGGUGCCUCUUGUGCAUUCUUUGCCCUAAGGUUCUUAUCGGAGCCUGAAGUGAAUGAUGAGAGAUGGUCGGAAACAAGAAAUAGAAUGCUUCAAGGAAGUGCUCACCUCUUGGGACUGCUUGUGUGGAGAGUUCAGAGAGAAGAAGUUAAUGGAAGGCAUGAGCUAUUCCAUAAGCUUGGGAAUGCUGAGAGAGAGAUUGAAGAGUUGAAGCGAAGGAGAAGUGAAGAUGCAAAAGCCAAUGAGAAGGUUGUGAGAAUCUUUGCCUCACAGGAGCAGAACUGGUUUAGUGAAAGAAACAAGCUUCGACAACAAAUUGCAGCUCUUUUGAAUGAAUUGAAAGUUGUUGAAAGAAAUAGGGAUGAAGCUAUUUCUGGAUUGAAUGAAAAAUUACAGGAGAAGGAGCUUUCGGUGCAGUCUAAGGAUAAGGUAUUGCAAGAAGAAGAGCAGAAGAGAAGGGAGCUAGAAGAAAAACUCGAGAAGUCUGAAACUGUCGCAGAGGAAUUGAGAGAAACUGUGAAGCGGGAAGGUCAAGGGCAUUCUACUGAGCUCUGGAAGCACAAAACUGCAGUCAUUGAGCUUGUUUCUAACCAGCGACAGCUUGAAGCUGAGAUGGGUCGCGCCUUAAGGCAAGUUGAAGCUGCAAAACAAGAGCUUGAUUCAGUUUUGGAGCAGAAGGAUGAAGCUAUGUUGGUGGCCCAAAAGCUAUCCAUGGAGCUCAUAAAAAUGCGUAAGGAUUUGGAACAGAAAGACAACAUUUUGUCAGCUAUGCUGAGGAAAUCCAAAUUGGAUACAGCAGAGAAGCAAAUGCUUUUAAAGGAAAUCAAAUUAUCAAAGGCCAAGAGAAAACAAGCUGAGUUAGAAACAGAAAGGUGGAGGGCCGUCUCUGAUUCUAGACGUGAGCGGCAUUCCUUGAGAAGUAUGCUGUCUAAGCAUGUCAGUUCUAAACUGGAGAAUUUUGAAGACGGGAGAGGUGUGCAUUCUGAUGCAACAGUGCCAUCAAAGAUUGGAAGAGCUAAAUCAAAGCAAACUGAUAUUUUUGUAGAGUAUGAGCAUCCUGAGCAUAGAAAAAAUCCCCUUUAUGACCAAUACUCAUUUGAAGCAAGCGAGGAACUGACUGAAGUUAAGCAGUUGGAGGGUUGGGUACGAUCUGAAGCUGAAAAAUACACUACUGCAAUUGAGCAGAAGCAUCACCUAGAAAUAGAUGCCUUUGCAGAACAACUGAGACUUAAAGAUGAGAAAUUAGAAGCUUUUCGUUGGCGUUUAUUGAGCAUGGAACUAGAAUCUAAGCGGCUGCAGUCCCAUAUUGAAGGGCUUAACCAUGAUUUGUCACAGCUCAGACAAGACAACAUGAAACUUAAAGCUUUGAUAUUGGAUCGAGAAGCAGAGUUGAAUUCUGUGAAAGAGGAGUAUGCAUUGCAGUUAGACUCCCUAAAUCACAUGAAGACAGACAUAUGUUCAUGCCCACAUGACUUGGCUUUAGUUCAUGAUACCAUUUGGUCCAAUGUCAAGAUCAUAAAGACAAUACCUGGGGAGAAAGAGCAUGAAACAAACAUUAUCUCAGAGGUAAUUUCUCGUGAGAUAGAGACUCGGAAAGAACAGGAAACCCCAAUUCUGAACCAGUCCAAAGAUAGAAUUUUGACGGUCCAAUCUCCAGGAAAGGAGUUUGAAGAUGAAAAAGAUGAUGUUCUGGAUUCAGGUUCUAUUCAGGAGGAACAGGCUAAAAAGGAGGCUGACACUGAUGAAAAAUCAGCAACAGAUGGCCAAUGCUUGAGUAAGAAAACAACUCCAUGGAAGAUGGAUCUUCAUGCUCUUGGAGUUUCUUACAAGAUCAAGAGGUUGAAGCAGCAAUUAGUUAUGCUUGAGAAGGUGACAGGAAAGCAAGAAAGUUGUGAAGAUAGGGUAACUGAUGAUAAUACACAGUUUGGGAUAAAGGGAUUCAACAUGUUGAUGUCAAUGUUGAAUAAACAAGUUAGCAGGUACCAGUCCCUCCAAGGGAAGACUGACGAUCUUUGCAAGCGGAUGCAUGAGAAUGAUUUGGUGAGCUUUGGAGGUUCUAGUAUUGCUAAGACUAGGGAGGAAACAAAAACACUAGAGCACUUCCUGGAGGAAACAUUUCAGCUGCAGAGAUAUAUGGUUGCAACAGGUCAGAAAUUGAUGGAAAUACAAUCCAAGAUUGCUUCUGGACUCGUCGGGGCUGCAGAGGCCCUUGAAGGGCCUGCCAGCUUUGACAUGAAGCGCUUUGCCGAUAGUGUUAGAACACUCUUCAGAGACGUUCAAAGGGGACUUGAAGUCCGCAUUUCUCGAAUCAUUGGAGAUGUUGAGGGCACUCUGGCUUGUGACGGGAUCAAACAACUGAGAAAGCAGUAACUUGGACUACACUUGAAUAUUAGGAUCACCAAGAAGGGCAUUAAGGUCUUGGUUUCUUUAACUACUGUUUCUGCAGAGUCUCUAAAGCAAAUUUGUAUAGUGCGAUUACAGAAUUGGCUUAUCUAAUGCAGUAGAAAUCCAUAGAUUGUUUAGCUUC